GUUAUAAGGAGCUGCCUCCCCGGCCGCACGGUGCCGAGGACCCUGGUCCGGGCGCCCCACCAUGCAGCGCCGCGAGCCCACCGUGCCGCUCUUGCUGCUGCUGCCUCCUCUGCUGGCGCUGCUGCUGGGGGCGGCCACCGCGGCUCCCCUGGCACCGAGACCCUCCAAGGAGGAGCUGACCCGCUGUCUGGCAGAGGUGGUCACAGAAGUGCUGAUGCUGGGCCAGGCCAAGCGAGGCCCCUGCAUGGCUCUCCUCCACAAAGAAACGUGUGAGACAGAGUCCUGUGGCUGUGGGUCCACUGAAGAGAAAGGCCUCCUGGUUGGGGAUUUUAAAAAGCCAGACGCUGGGAAGACAAGGUCCAGCCAUGAGGUGAGGGACGAGGAAGAGGAGGCAGCAGAAAGGACCCACAAGUCCCAAGUGCGGGAACAGGCCAUCCGCGAGCAGCUCCACAGCCGGCUCCGCCAGGAGGACCACAGAGAGGAGGAGGAGGAAAAGAAGAGGGGGCCCGUGGAGACCUCUGAGGGCCUGUGGAAGCGGCGUCUAGAAGGUGGCAGGGCCCCCCAGAAGCGGGUGGCAGAGCAGGCCAGCGAUGAGGAGACGGCGCAGUUCGAGGCAGAGGAGAAGGGGGUGCAGGUGCUGGGCAGGGGCCACAGCCUGUGGCAGGGGGCCGAGGCGGGUGGAGAGAGGCACGAGGACGGCCGCCACCUCCACCAGCCAGAAGCUGAGCCCAAGCAGGAGAAGAGAGAGGCUUCGGACAGGGAGGAGCAUGAUGUGGAGAGGCUGGCGCACAGGAGAGAUGAGCUGAAGAAGGCGACGGAGAUGCUGGGAGAGGAGCUCAGGAGGGCGGGCUGACCCCUAGCCUCGUGUCCUCCUUCCCCACACACCCUGCGGCCUAGGACUGUUGACCCCCAAACCCUUCCAGUCCGUCGCCCCACUCUGCUCCCCAACCUGCAGGAGUGGGGAGAAGGGUGUGCCUUGAAACCAGGCCUGAGGGGCCAAGUCUGAGCUGGGUAGAGGGGCUGGGCUCAGACUGACUCAGGAAACAGCCCUGACACCCGUCUAACCCACUCCAACCCUCCCGAGUGAAUA